AUGUCGUCCAAGGCCAAGCACCUGAACGUCUCCCCUCGUGAGCUGCGGUUCGAGGUCACGUCGACUCGGCCGUCGACGCAGACACUGACUCUGAAGAACAUUCACAGCGAGGAUGUGGUGUUCAAGAUCAAGACAACAGCACCCAAGCGGUACUGUGUGCGGCCCAACUCGGGCACCAUCGCCCAGGGCUCGACGGUCUCCGUGGAGGUCACCCUCCAGCCUGACAAGUCGAGCAACGACAAGGUGAACGUGGACAAGUUCCUCAUCCAGUCUGUGCCGAUCGAGGCCGGGAUGGACGUGUCGGAUGUGUCCAAGGUCAUUUCGGCCAACAAGAGCAAGGUCGGCGAGCUCAAGCUCAAGUCGCACUUCUCGUUCAUCACGUCGUCGAUUGCGGAGCGGUCGAAGAAGGUCUCGCGGUCGGGCGGAGCGUCUGACGGGACAGCAAAUGCCCUCCAAAAAGAGCGCAACGAGUAUCGCGAGCAGCUCACCCGACUCAACUUUGAGCUGCAGAAGACAAAGGCCGAGCUGGAGAAUGUGCGGUCGUCUGGCGGCUCGGAGCUCCGCAACCGGUUCAACUCGAAGACUGCGACGGCCGACAACGUGGCCACGGUCUCGUCGUCCAAGACUAGCAAGGCAUCGGGCCACUCGACGCUCUUCCUGCUCCUUGCCGCCACCGUUGCCUUUGCCAUGGGCUUCUACACCCACAUGCACCUCUUCCCCGAGGUCGAUGCCCAAUAA